UUACUCAUAAUUGUUUAGACAUAAAACUUCAUUUGCUUAUAAGUUCUAAAUUUGAAAACAAAUCUACGUUUGAAUUUCUUUUGUUUUUACACAACGUCAUUUUUACUUUGUUGAAAACUUUUACAAAUAAUAAUUUAUUGAAAUUAUAAUGGAUCCCAUUGCAGUUUUACAAAAUAGAAUAGAGCAGUUGGAAGCUAAACUGGGCUUGGCUCCAAAUUCGUUACUGGAGGGCCAACAUCAAGGUGAUACAGUUACUGCAAAUUUGUUAAAUACCGCUCAAGCAAUAAAUAAUGCUACUGCCGGCCACGAGAAGUUGUCUGAAGCUAAAAACAUGGCCAAUGAACUAAACAACUAUACUGACCCUAAUUUCGUUGAAAACAUGCAACAAAACAAUAUGAACAUGCAUGAGGUAGUCGCUGCAGAGCCAGUCAUUAAACAUCAUUGUCACUGUAUGCAUAGAUGUAAGCAGGCUGCUCCGGUAUUGGAAUCUGAAGCUCUACAGCAAGUCCCACAAAUUCAAGAAGCGGUCAACAACAUGCACAUUGCAGCAGCAGAAGUCAAAGCUGAAGCUGAUGUUGUAUCUCAAGGAGUUCAUGAAUUAGCAGAAACAUGUGGUGCUGCAGCUUCAAAUGCAUCUGAGCAACUGGCUAAUGUUGCUCAAAAAGUUGAGCAAGUUGAACAAAAAUUGUUUCCCAGGAGACGAAAUGGAUUGGAUUAAAUCAUUUUAUAAAUAGCUUUAAAGUUUUGCGAUUAUUUAUAUUAUUAUUUAUUUCAUGUUAUAAAUUAGAAAAGUGUAAUUGCAAUAUAAUUAUGCUAUAUAAAGCUGGAUAUUAUUAUUUGUACUAUAUAAAGUUCUUUAAAAAGUGAAGUAACCCUGUAAAAUAAGAUUAUAUUUUAUUAUUAAAUAUACAAAUUGUUAAAUGCGUUAAAAAUUCAAUUUAAACCUUUAUAAUUUCAAGAAAUUUUUUUUUUCACUUGGCAAUGUAAACACAUGUCAAGCUUUAUUCUGUUAAUUACUGUUGUUUAAUUACACAUACAUAUUUCUGUUCGUUUAUGAUCUUAUUUUUCAUCUAGAACUCUCCUACUGCACAGUAAAAUUUGAUCAAAAAGACAUUACAAGGAUGUACGUCAUCGUUCAUUCGACUGACCGAACGUGACCUUUUUAUUAAAAAUUACAAGUUAUUUUACCCUC